AUGUUAGAAGUGCGUGAAAGGAAACUAUUAGAAUAUAAUCUAUCUAUCUAUCUAUCUAUCUAUCUAUCUAUCUAUCUAUCUAUCUAUGUCUAUUCAUAUCUAUCUAUGUCUAUUCAUAUCUAUCUAUGUCUAUUUAUAUCUAUCUACGUCUAUUCAUAUCUAUCUAUCUAUCUAUCUAUCUAUCUAUCUAUCUAUCUAUCUAUGUAUGUCUAUUUAUAUCUAUCUAUGUCUAAUCAUAUCUAUCUAUCUAUCUAUCUAUCUAUCUAUCUAUCUAUCUAUGUCUAUUCAUAUCUAUCUAUCUAUCUAUCUAUCUAUCUAUCUAUGUCUAUUCAUAUCUAUCUAUGUCUAUUCAUAUCUAUCUAUCUAUCUAUCUAUCUAUCUAUCUAUCUAUCUAUCUAUCUAUGUCUAUUCAUAUCUAUCUUUGUCUAUUCAUAUCUAUCUAUCUAUCUAUCUAUCUAUCUAUCUAUGUCUAUUCAUAUCUAUCUAUCUAUCUGA